CGUAGCCAAGUUCCUUUGCCGUGAACAAGUGACGUUGGCUUUCAAUGACAGUUUUCUUUUGAAAAAUUCUCGUGAAAAACCAUAGCGGAAAAUGGACACUGAAGCAAAACUAGACACCGAAGCGAAACUAGACGAUGACUUCCUUUUUUACGUGAACUUUACGAGCACGUUCCUUAAGCGAAUUUCGGAUCACGAUGUCUUUCGGAUGUGUCGAAACUGGAUUCUUAAGCUCUGCACCGAACCAUGCGAGGGAGUCGAUAGAAAACGUUGCCGUAAUAUGUACUUGGCUAAUCUCUUGAUACAUAUGCAAAGUGGCAAGUUGGAGGAACCCUUUUUGCAACCCCCGUAUUACGUUGAUAUUUCCGAUGCCUUGCAGGUGUUUGGAGGUAGUCCCUGUUCUAUUGAACCGCCUGACUGGUUAAACGAUACUGAUCUUACCAUUCAACACAAAGAAAGUCCAGCUGAUAAACCCGGUCGAACUUAUAUUGCCACUAGAACUCUUCCAAAUGGACAGGGAGCUUUUGCUUAUGUGGGAAUCAGCCUGACGGGCGAUGAUUGGAUGAAUUCUUCAUUAGCAGCAGGUGAUACAUCCAUGCAAAAGCUGGAUGCACAAUUUGGUAGAAAGUUCAACGAAGAAGUACCGCAGUACGAAAUGGAGAAGAUUUUGGCAAAGCGAAAAAAUCCCCAGGAGAGAGAGAAGGUUUUAACAUUUUAUGACACCCUGCUGCAAAUAGUUGCUGAUGAACUAAAUGGCAAAGCCCCCGAAUUCAACGAAACUGUUGAAGGUUUGCUGGAGCAAUUGAUCGAAGAUCUCAAAGCUAAAGGACAGUACAGCUGCUGUUACGACAACCUAGACGACUAUGAAAGACGGAUGGAGCUGCUGAUGACUUUGUAUGAUCGCAUUAAGAUACGGCGAGAUAAAGUGGCACGUCGUGAAGAAAUAUUGGAUGACAUCGAGGAAAAAAUGAUGCCCCACUUAUUUGAGGUAUCCGCAAUAGAGCCGGAUGACGAAUAUCAGCUUCCUGCAGCCAUGUGGCAGCAGGCAAUUGAAAAAAUGCCUAAUAGGAAACAGAUGGCAGCUCUCAAGGAGACCUACCCAAAUCCCAUUGUCGAAAGGUUUGUUGUAUAUCUGGCAGCUCUUAAAGAAGAGAUUGCAGAGCGCACCCAUACAAGACACGAAAGAAUUGCCACCCAAAUGAAAAAGGAGCUCAGGAAAGAGAGCACGAGACAAAAGAAAGAUGCUGACAGAAUGGAACAGAUGUGCCUGGACACAGAAAAGGUGUACAAAGCAGUAACAGAGCAUUGGAAAAAGAAACAAGUGGUAGAAGAACAGAACAGGCAACAAUUCAACUUGCCCGUGAGCGAACAUACUCGCCUCUACGAGGAGCUGAAAAAAGCAGCGCUGGACACUCAGAAACUGGUGGAAGAAGAAGCAGCUAGAGGCAAAUUUUUGGCAGAUCAAAUCAACAGCGUAGCUGAACAAGGAGAGACUGUUAAAGAAAUCCACGAAGACGCCAUAAAGAAAUGUGAACAGGUUAAUGGCAAACUGUUGAGGAAUAUUAAGAGACUAAACCAUAACAUUAAGCUGUACGAGACCAGAAUUUCGGACAUUAAGAAUAUGGGCGAUACUACCAAGACAAAUGUGAAAAAUAUAAUUGCGGGAGUGAAAGAGCCCGAAUUUUAAAAUGAUAGUUUGUCAUGACUUAAUUACAUCAUUUGCAAAGCGAUUAUUGUUAUACAUAGAAAUUUGACUAAAUCCAUGUUUAAACGAA